AGAAUGCUUUGUUCGAAUCGGAGUUUGCAAGCCGAGCCCUGGCACCGCGGCGGUGUUGAAGGGGGCUUCUCCAUGCGUGCAGCACGCCAGUCACUGCCACGAAUCACGUUCGCCACAGACGAUGCUCGGGCUCAAUAAGUAUAAGGAUGUUGUUCGUUGAAGCAGAAGACUCAAGCUGCAACUACGACCUCAACUGAUUAGUCGACCACUACAUUAAGACUUAUCUACAAAUCCGCGAAAAGCAGCAAACAUGAUCCCCAACAUCAAGACAAGAUUGAUGCAGGAAGUGAGUAAGGAGCGAGAUAAAUAUGUAACCAAGAAUGAACCAGAGACUAAGAAAGGCGACGAACUCGUCCAGGCAACGGCAGCUACAGUCGGCUUUGUAUCAGAGAUUAUUUAUCAUCGAAAAGAGAAGGCCUCAAGAGAAACAAGACACACACAGGUUGCACCACCUGAUGACUCUAUUGCAGCAUCAAAAUCACCGCGGGUGUCCGAAACUGCUGUUCCUGAGCCGGUAAUUACUAUUAAGGACCUCGCCGCUGCCUUCCUCGGUCGCCACCCAAUUCCCAACACAACACCGUCACAAGUGUCGAUCAAAUUGGCAACACCGAUUCUCAUCCCACAACGUCGCCCUAAUACUCGAGCUCGAGGAUUCACACCGGCCUUUGCACCGAUCUUGUCUUCGUACGAUAUCUCGCAAACCACGUUCCUUGAUUUUAUCAUUACGCUUAACACGUCCCUUGAACCGAAUCCGUAUCUCAAUGCAAUCAACCUAGCUGGCUUUGCGGGCGAAGCAUCGCCCGAGCCGAUCAUCUCAUUAAUGGUUGGUAUCGGAGUUGAAGUGGUCACGGAUGCGAUCAUGGAGGCGCAGAGCCGCGCCAAAUCGAAUGGGUUUCUGGACAAAGUGAACGAAGGGUUCUUUGCACCGAGAGGUUUGUUUGCUUUUGUGGGAACUUGGCGUCCGAACGACGAUGAGAACGAACAUGUCGUUGAUGUCAAUACCCAUGAUGGCACUUCCGCGUCACGGUCUGAACUUGGCAGCAACGAGAAGGUCAACAACAUUGCAACAGGCAAUGUGGAGGCUAAAAUCGCAUGGGGGAAUUUGAAAGAGCAAAUGCAGCGAGCGAUGGUGUCUGCUGGUGGUGAGGUCGCAACGGUCUCUACAGCGUCACUGGUGUGGGCUUCAGCCGAUGACAUUGCUGCUGCCACGCCGUCGGGCAUGUCGAAAAAGAAGGACCGUUUCGAUCGUGCUGGAGUGUGGCUCGAUAAUCAUGUUGAUAAGCACACACAAGUAAAGUGGACGCAGGAAUACCCGGAUCAUCCAUUAGCCAGAAGUUUGCCCAAGCCCGAGUUUCGAUCACGCUAUGCAGAUCCAACCCAUGCUGCUAGUAGCGGAGAUGUUGUCGCAUUGUUGACGGGCGGACAGUGGCACAUCAAGGAAGAUGAAAAGAAAAGGGAGAAGAAGUUACGGGAGAAAGAAGAGAGAGCAAGGAAAAAAGAGAACAAGCUCGAAGAGAAGGAGAAGAAGCUUGAGGAGAAGGAGAGAAAGCUUGCAGAAAAGCAGAAGAAGAAGCUCGACGCAAAGGAGAAUAAGCAAAAAUUUAAACAGAUCAAGCCUGAAGCGGAUAUUCUGUGCUCUAAGAAAGAUGUUUCGCAGUCUAGCAACAGAGCGGAAAACAGUGGUACAAAGAAGAAUACCAACGAGGCAGGCGAAGGGAAACCCGCUGAGAAAAUCGUGUGUAAGCCGAGCAAGCAUGACAGCGACAAACUAGCACAGAGUUCCAGCGAACGACCUGAACAGGACACAAGAUCAAGCAACGGGGUUAGCAGUCUCUUAAAAAACGACCUUUUGUAUCUGGUCAUCGUACAGCAUCCCUCCUUAUCUGCUAGUACCUGAACAUGACGAUCAUUUAGCCUCUCUUGGACCAAUUGAUGCAGCUUCCAUUCUAUUCGAAUCGGCAUGCUGCGCACGUGCAUGCUUUUCACCUUCACCCAACUUUCUGCC